UUGUAUUCCCGGCUGGUCACUCUGACUUAAACGUUUUUCGCAAAAACAGCGGCUGAUCACUGAAGUUUUCUCGUGUUUUUCGCUAUCAAACCGAAAUAAAAACAGCCCAAAAUGUCCUUCGUUAAGAACGCCCGUUUGCUGGCCGCCCGCGGCGCUCGCUUGGCCCAGAACCGCAGCUACUCGGAUGAGAUGAAGCUGACCUUCGCCGCCGCCAACAAAACCUUCUACGAUGCCGCUGUGGUGCGCCAAAUCGAUGUGCCUUCCUUCUCGGGAUCCUUCGGCAUCCUGGCCAAGCACGUGCCCACUCUGGCUGUCCUGAAGCCCGGCGUUGUCCAGGUGGUGGAAAACGAUGGCAAGACCCUCAAGUUCUUCGUCUCCAGCGGUUCCGUCACCGUCAACGAGGAUUCCUCCGUUCAGGUUCUGGCCGAGGAGGCCCACAACAUCGAGGACAUCGAUGCCAAUGAGGCGCGCCAGCUGCUCGCGAAAUACCAGUCACAGCUUAGCUCCGCUGGCGACGACAAGGCCAAGGCCCAGGCUGCCAUUGCCGUGGAGGUCGCCGAAGCGUUAGUCAAGGCUGCCGAAUAGACGUAAUCACCACACAACCGCCACCAAUAAACCACAAUCGAUGCUUUGUGUCUGAAAUAAAUAAAAAACAUAACGAUCACCUUAAAAAGCCAGAGAGUUAUGAAACAAUAAAAAAGCGAAUCAUAAUAUCGUAUUAAUGACCCGUGAUCCACCAGGCAAAUGAUUUUUUUUUCUUUUUUUUUUCAUGUUAUGCCGCUAAACUGUGUGUUUAUAUAGUUUAUAAUAUAUGUAUGUGAGCUGGUGAAGAGAAAUGUGUAAUAUUUGCUCGCUGUGGGAUAGACCGUUGAUAUGAUAAUGCUUUGGCAAUCUUUAAGUCAAAAAUAUGAGUGAUUUGCAUUUUGGCCGAAAGAGACGAACGUCGUUUCUUUUUCCCUUGCCAAUUUAUGCAAAUCGCAUAAGCAUAAAAACUUACAAUUUGUAAAUGAGCUCGUCUUUCAUCUUAACAAAUAGUAUAGUUUGUAUUUCAUCUGGUGUGUUGCAUUCAUGGAUAGUUCGCAUAUCUUAUCUCGGAUGAUUGUUUAAAUUUCUCUCAAAAGUAGUAAUAAAAAGCAACUUUGUUUUUUUUUUAUGGAAACAAGAAUUAAUCAAUGGCUAAAAUUAUACUUUUGGCAGAUAGAAGAUAAUCCAUUUUGAAACUCUUUAUAAAGAUGAUAAAUACUAUAGAAUUGAAAAAAGAAAAUUGGAUUUUUUUUUUUUGGAAUUGUCUAUGUAUUUGGUAACAAAAAAAUGUGUUGUAAAAAAAAUGUCUUAAAUUAACUCAUGGCGUUGUGUGGGAAUGGUAAUAUGCUGUCGAUGUAGUUAGCAGGAAGGUCCUCCGAUAGAUUGGCGAAUUGUUCUAGUAUCCCGGUGGGCCGUAGGUCUGGGCAGGGGCGUGACCGAUGGGCAGGGACUGCUCCUCGGGAGCAAAAACGGGUGCAGGAGCGGGAUGUGGCACACUCAGGACGGGAGCGGGUGCUGGGGCGGCAUAGACUGGAGCUGGGGCAGGAGCGGAGUAAACUGGAGCGGGAGCAGGAGCGGAGUAAGCUGGAGCGGGAGCAGGUGCGGAGUACACUGGAGCGGGAGCAGGAGCAGAGUACACAGGAGCUGGGGCAGGAGCGGAGUACACUGGAGCGGGAGCAGGUGCGGAGUACACAGGAGCGGGAGCAGGAGCAGCAUAAACUGGAGCCGGAGCUGGAGCAGCAUAAACUGGAGCCGGAGCAGCGAUCUCCUGAGGAGGCAGGUAGGAAGCGACUGGAGCAGCCACUGGUGCGGGCACAUCGAUGGGGGCAUAGGCUGGACCGGCAGCUGGAGCGGAGUGCUCAUGGAUCACACGCACCACCUUGGUGGCUCCACCCGAAGAGUAACCACCGGAGGAGUAGCCACCCGACGAGUAGCCACCCGACGAGAUGCCGCUGUCGUGGCUCUCGUGAACGACCUUGAUGACCUGGGACACGGCACCGCCGCCAACCGAAGAGCCGCCGAUGAAGGAUGGUCCAGCCACGGGUCCAGAUGCCACAUUCACCACCUUGACAAUCUGCGGAGCGCUCUCGACCAGCGGGGCACUCACAAUGGGUGCGGAUUCCUGCAGGAUCUUGAUCACCUUGACGGAGGAGGGGGCGGGCCCAGCUGGAGGCAGAUAAGCGGGUCCAGGAGCGGGUCCAUAGCCACCGCCGCUGCCGCCAGAGAUGACCUUCACCUUGAAGAUCUGGGGAGCCGCCUCGUAGCCAUAGCCGCUGCCAUAGCUAGCGCCGGAGGAGUAGCCAACGCCGCCCUGCUGAUGGAUCACCUUGACCACCUGGACUGGGCCACUGGGUCCAUGGCCGCCAUAGCCGCGAGCGCCACUACCACCGCCGCCGCCUCCGUUGCCACCACCGCCUCCGAGGUUAAGGCCGCCACCACCGCCUCCACCGCCGCCACCGCCGAGGAGUCCCAGGAAGCCAGCGUUGGCCACAGCGAACAGAGCACACAUGCAAACGAAGACCUGGAAGGAUGGCAGAGUAUAAGAAGCGAUUUAGUUUCAUGUUUCAUGUUGCAUCCUUAGAGGAUUUUAAAGAAUAUAUAAAGUUCAUUAAGUUUUUGUUAUGUUUUCCAAUUAGAAAGUAGAGUUUUAUCGCUGGUUUUUUUUUCUAUAUCUUUAAAGGAUCUUUGAUCUUCAUAGACUGUAUUUUCCAAAUGGAUAUACUUUGUAUUCAUUCUUUGUUUAAAUAUUUUCAUUUUCAAUCUUCUGAUAUUCUUCAGCACACUUUGUAUUUGAAUAUUAACUAUCACUUCUUCGAAAGUUCGAAAGAAUUUAAACUGAGCUCAGGAUGCUCUUGCCACUUUGUCACUUUUCAAAUCAGUUUGGAUAAAUAAAAAAAAAAAAACUAGAAGAGGAUAUUUGCCGGCACAGGACAUUGUGAGCAGCUCACCUUCAUGCUGACUACUAAUCCACUUGAUGCGAUGAUACCAAUUCCAAAAAAAAAAAAACGCCUUGAGUGCCGAUGAGCAAGCGACUGAUGUCCGAUCGAUUGGAGACCAAGUCUUUUAUACGAUAUAAGCCAGCAAGGGCGAACAAAAGGCGUUUCAUUAACAUUUCCAAACUGCCCAUCAACGCCAUCAUCAUCAUCGCCACGAUGAUGAGCAGCAUCAUGAUGAUGGGCUUUCGUUUUCAUUUCGAUUUUCACCAAAUGCUGCUGGACGCACCCAAAAGUGCCAAUCGUCGUGGUUGGUUCUUCCAUAGCCAGUUGGAUUCGGAGCUACCAGCUACCAGCUACCAGCUACCAGCUACCAGCUACCAGCUACCAGUUUCAGUUUCAUCAAGUCUUACGCUGCAUUUCCCAAAUUCCGAAUGGGGAUCCCACAAUUAGCAUGAAAAUGAGACGCUACGUUAGUGAUAAGCUCGGAAUGGGGCUUUCAUAUUUCGUAUUUUUUUUUUUAUUCGGCAUCUUAUGUUUUAUGGUUUAGGUUUUCGUUUUCAUUUUGAUUUUGAUUUCGAUUUGGAUUUUGGAUUUUGGUCAAUUCAAUUUGCAUACACGGGCGUGCUGCAAAGCGGUUGCCUCACAAGGCGGCCGGCAGUCUGUCAUAAACCAAAGCGAAAACCUAACCCAACCCAACCCAAUCCAAUCCAAUCGAAACCAAACCAACCCAUUCCAUUUCACCUCAUCCGGCAAUUUCAAGGUGAAUCUGAAUCGGAAUCUGUUGUCAAGCCGAACCAUCUCAUUGAUGGUGGCUAUAUUCCAUCUAUAUGCAGGUAUUUAUAAAACGAGCCGAUUAU